UCGUGCUGUCCGAGCCACUUUUUCAUUCUUGGCUGUUGGUAGAGGACGAUUGCACUUAAUCUAACGCAGCUACUGCCCAGCAGCGGGGCGCCAAGAAGAAUAACGUGACCUCAGAACGAUGGACCACAGAACAAAGAGCAGUGCGGACCCCGAACAGUGCAGUUCAGCUGGCAACCCGUCGACUAAGAGUCUCAAGGGCUCGACAGACUCUGAGCCAGAGCUGGCGGACAAGCAACCGAUGGCUGCCCAUGACCCCUCGAAGGGCCAUCAUGCUCAUCACAAAUCCGCUGCAGCGACGUCAACCGCGAAGCUGGUGCAACAUCCAUCUCCGCAGUCCAAGAAACCGGCGGCCGGAGGAAGCGAGCUGACAGACAAGGAGGAGUCCGCAGCUCUUCAGAAGGACACGAAGGAAGCCGGCAAGGACGUCGUUGACGAUGAUGAGCCGGCCAUAGACCCCCGCGAACCCUUGCCUAACAGGGCCGUCAUCGACCGGCGAGUGUCCAUGGGCGAGGUGUUACAUACGGAGCCUCCGGCACAUUUUCUAGGCUGACACUUCAUAAGCAACAGAUGUCUUUACAUCGUGGUCCCUGGCUGUCAUGUGCAAGAGCGGCGCGUGAUCAAAAGCGAGAAGAUAAAUUUAUUCGAAACGAGAAAGCAAAUUUGUAGAAAUAAACGGGUUUGUUGGAUGCA